CUUGUUGUCUUUUUUUCUUUUUUUUUUAUUAUUAUUAUUAUUAUUAUUAUUGUUAUAGUUUAAACUUCAUGUCAUUUACCAUAUUCCCACGACAUACAAAAUAUGGUGAGUCUAGUUGGAAUCGUCAAGUGGUUUUACGAAAAGCAAACGAAAUUGAUAAUAAUAAUUAUUCAACUGAAGAUGUAGAAACAGCCUUGGAUAAAAGAAGGAAUAUGCAAGUAACUUUGGAUUCUACUUUAUAUCAACAAUUACAAAAAGAAUCAAGUGUACAAGGAAACAAGAGAAAAGAUAAUAUUAAAAAACUCAAGUCUUCCUUACGUCCAGUAGUAUCAGAACCUACUUCUCCUUUACAUGGUCCAACUAAAUCUGUCAAGUUUGAUCCUUUUUAUUUGGAAAAAGUGUGUGUUUUUGAAGGUAGUCAUUCACCCAAUUUGAUACCACGCUAUGAAGAAAAUAAAUGUCCACCUUUCAAAAUCGUGUAUUCUCAUUGGCCACCCAUUCAACAUACUCUUUUUCAACAUCAACAAAACGUUCAAUUGAAACGAUCUCUUAAGGUUCUGGAUGGUGGAUCCCUCUUACAUGGUCAAGUCUUGGUACGAAAUCUUGGUUAUGAAAAACAAGUGGAAAUUCGUUAUACUCUUGAUGGUUGGCAGACAGUGGAAAAUGUACAAGCAAUUUAUCAACAUAGUCGAGGUUCUUUAGAUACUUUUGUUUAUGAUAUUGAUAUUGAACAAGGUAUGGCCGAUCGUGGACAUAUUCGUGUUACUGUGGAUAUGGCUGUUCGAUAUACUGUAAAUAUUAAUCAUCAUCAAGAAACUUUUUGGGAUAACAAUGAUGGACAUAAUUAUCAAAUUCAAGUUGUGGAAACACCAAUUCAAUCACUCCCAAUAUCAUCAAUCGAUAAACCUACUAUCAAACAACAAGAACAACAAGAAGAACAACCUUCUGAUGAUCAUCACGACUUAUUAGUACCACCUCUCAAAUUAUCAUCUACUUUAUCUACAUCUCAUCGAUACGAUUUCAAUCAAUCUAUAUUGAAAGCAAAACACAACAAACCAUCACAUCCUUCACCUUUAUCUUCACCACCAGCAUCCCCAACUUUACCUUCAUCUAUCAUUGACACCAAUACCGAAAAGUCUACUCCUGUAUCAUCGUCUUUGAACAAUAACAAUGAUGACAAGUUUAUUCCAACAAAGAAAUCAUAUUCAGCACCUUCUUCACCAUCUUCUUCUCCUUCAUCUUUGCUCAAUCCAUCUUCUUUAUCUUAUUCUGAUCUUGUGAAUAAGUACUGUUUUUAUGGCUCCAAUACAUCAACAUCACCAUCAUCACCUGCAUUAUCCAUCAAUAGUUAAAAUGAUUUUUCUUCUCUUUACCCCUCCUCCAUUCAAAAAUUGGUUUCAUACCCCCCUUCCUCUUUUACUCUUGUUUAUCUUUUAUUAUGAUUUCUUCAUUAUUUUUGUACACAUCAUUUCACCAUUCUCCUUAAAGUAUCUAUCAAUCAAUAAAAAAGAAAAAAAACUCAAAGUUCAUGCAUCAUCAUUAUUACUUUGUAUUCGUUUGUUCUAUAGUCAAUUAUUAAUUAUUAUAUACAGUAUAUUUUACAUAUAUAUAUGCG